CCUCGCUCCCUCCCCCCUCUCUCUCCACUCCUCCAAAGAAUUCUCUCUCUCUCUCUCUCUCUCUCUCUCUCUCUUUUUGCUUUUGGGUUGUUUUUGUUCUGGGUCCCUUCCCCCGGUGAAAUAAACCAGCAAACGGGGGACGGACUACUACUAUAAUUGAAUCUUAAAGAAGCAGCAAACCCACAAAACAGAGGGUCAUCAAAAACCCCACACCUCUGUUUGAUAUUUUCCCCAAGUUUCUUCUACAUCUGUCUGUUGGCGUUUCGUAUGGCGGAGAAUUUGGACGACGGCGAGUUCUGGCUGCCUCCCCAGUUCCUUACCGACGACGACAUACUCAUGGACUUCACCAAGACCCACAACAGCAGCAACAUCAACAGGAAGAACAGAGAAGCCGAUUCCGGGCUGCUUUUCCCCUACGAGUACCCGUCCGGGUUCGGGCCUUACUACCAUUCGGAUCUCAGCUCUCCCGUGGAGUCCGUUGUCAGCUCCACCGAGACCGAGAGCGACGAGGAUGAGUACCUCGCCGGGUUAACCCGGAAGCUGGCUCGGUCCACUCUCCUGGACGAUUUGCUCAAAGCCGACUCUGCUCUCUGCUACGAAAACCAAAAGCCUUGGGUUGUGGCCGGUUCGCCGCAAUCGACGCUGUCCAGUUUCAUGGGUGGUUAUCAGAGAGAGGGCUCGAGCAGGGGAAGCCCCAACGGCCCUUCCCUGGGAACUUCGCCGCCUCAGGCUGCACCGUUGAACCGAAGUGACACCGCUUGGAGUCUCCUAUACGCGGCCGCAGGAGAGGUCGCCAGGAUGAGAAUGAGCAAUCCUACCCCCAACGAAGGUUUUGUUGGUGGGUAUUACCAGAAGGAAGGACUGUUUUGCCCCCCUCGUAACCCCAGUCCCGUCUUGAAGCAGACCCACCAAGGGUUUCAGCCCAACAACAAGCAGUCCCUCUCGUACCAGCAGUUGCAAGUCGCCCAAUUUCAGCAGUUGAAGCAGCAGCAGAUGAUGAAGCAACAGCAGCAGGGGACUACGAUUUGGGGGCAGCCGGAGGUGGCGCACCAGGUGGUUCAGAACAGGGGAAGAACCAGCGGCGGCGGCCGUACUUUGGGUUUGUCGCCGGCGGCUUGGCCUACGCUGCAACAGUCUCAGCAGCAGCAACCACAGGCAGGGUCUGGGAUGAGAGCUUUGUUUCUUGGAAAUGGUAAUGGGGCGAAAAGGGAAUGCGCUGGUACGGGGGUUUUCUUGCCCCGCCGGGUCGGUAGCCCAACUGAGACCCGAAAGAAGCCAGCAUGUGCGACGGUUUUGCUUCCGGAUAGAGUGGUGCAGGCUCUGAACUUGAAUUUGGAGGCCAUGGAUGUCCAAUCUCAACCUCAUCUUCAUCAGGCUCAGUUUAACAGGACGUCAACCGCAGAUUAUGAUGCUGCUGCAUUGAAGUACCGGAACAAUGUGCUGAUGGCUCAACAGAGGCGCAACGUCAGGGCACAGGUGGCGGGCAUGAACCAUGAGCAGCAGCUCCGUUUGCCUUCCGAGUGGAGCUACUGAUCCGCCCCAAUCCAAUCGUGCUUUUUUUUGAAACCUCGGGGGGCGAUGGUACUAGGGUUGUUUUUUGGAAGUUUUUCGGAUAGGGGUGAUUUUCAAGGUAGAAGGAAAAAUAGGGGAGAAGUGUUUUUUUAGUAAGUAGUAGUUUGGGUUAGGAAAUUAUUAGGAUAUUGUUAUAGAAUUAGGGGAGAAAUAGUGGUAAGAAGAUUUAAAUGAAGAAGAUGAUGAAUAUUUUAGGAAGAAAGAGGAAGAAAUGGUUUUUUGGGUAGUGGUAGGGUAAUAAUAAAAAGAUACUGGGCUGAAUUGCAAUUAACUUUGUGGGUUUUUUGGGAAUUUGGAACAAGAGGAGUGGUGGCUUGUUUCUCUUUCUUGUUAGUAUGAAGAAAAUAAAAUAAAAUGUUGUGAAAGUUGGGAGUCUGUAGUAAUGAGAAGAAGAGUAGGGGGUUGGAGUAAUGUUUUGGUGGAAUUACAAAACAACCCUUUACUUGUUCUCAUGUGGUUUAUUUGCUGGCUUGAUUUGUAGCAAAUGCUGUUUCCAACCCACACACCAUGGCCUGGAAUCAGAUCUUGUUUUAAUACUAAUAAUGAAAAUGAUUUGCGUUAA